AUGACCGCCGAGACAGACCCCCUGGUUGGCCAGGACAGCUUUCAGGUGCGGAUUGUCCGCAGGCAACGCAGGCACUACGACAGGUCUCGCUGCUUCAGAUUUUUGCUUAUUUCUCUGUUCGGGAUGUCACUGUUAGCCAUUCCAGCCACUUUGGUGCCUCGCUACGUUCAUCAAAAGUUUUUAGCCGUUACCAAAUGGCACUCUCUAGAAGACGUGACGAAUGCUUUCCAAGAGACACUCUUCUCGGAGAACCAUGCCGGUGAGUUCUUGAGAAGAUAUACGAACGAAUCGCAUCUUGCCGGUGAUGGCCCAGAGCUGGUCCAGUUUACUUUCGAUAAGUUCGAGGAAUAUGGGCUGAAGGCCUCCGUCAACGAUUACGAGGUGUAUUUGAACACCCCAUUGGAUCACUCGUUGAAGAUGUUUGACACAAUAACUGGCCAAACUCUCCAUAAGCCCAUGUUGGAAGAAGAUAUUCUUGCCGAAGACCCAACGUCGACUCACCUGGAUGCGAUACCUGUUUUCCAUGGUUAUUCAGCCAGUGGAAACGUGACUGCAGGUUUCGUGUAUGCCAAUUUCGGUUCCAAGGCGGAUCUCGCCAAAUUGGUAGAAUUGGGUGUGGAAACAAAGGGAAAGAUUGCAAUAGUUCGUAAUGGUGGGGGAUACCGUGGAUUGAAGGUGAAAUUUGCCGAGGAUCUUGGAUUCGUGGGGAUGUUGAUGUACCCAGAUCCAGCUCAAGACCACGGAAUCACAGAGGAAAACGGAUAUCUGGCAUAUCCAAAUGGUCCUGCCAGAAACCCUAGUUCUGUGGAGAGAGGUUCCUUGAAAUCGUCGAAUUUGGCUCCGGGAGACCCAACCACUCCUGGAUACCCUUCCAAGCCUGGCUGCAAGAGACGUGAGCCCAAGGGUAUCCCCACGAUUCCGACCCUGCCAAUAAGCUAUAGGGAGGUGAAACCAAUUCUGGAGUCCCUUAAUGGUCAUGGAUUAAAAAUUCCAGGUUUCGGGGGCGCAAUUCCGGAUGUGGAGUAUUUCACAGGUCCCAAUCCAAACCUGCAGCUCAACCUGUACAAUCUUCAAAACUACACUAUCAAGCCUAUUCACAAUGUCAUUGGCAAGCUUGAUGGCUGGUUGCAAGAUGAAGUGAUUGUUAUUGGAAACCACAGAGAUUCGUGGAUUAAAGGUGGGGCUGGCGACCCCAAUAGUGGGUCUGCCGUCUUGCUGGAGACCAUUCGUGCAAUAGCUGGAAUCAAGUCCAAAUAUCCUAAUUGGAAACCGCUUAGAUCUUUGGUAUUUAUCUCAUGGGAUGGUGAGGAAUACGGUCUGUUGGGUUCUAGUGAGUUUGGGGAGGAGUUUUCUCACGAGAUCAGUGGAAAGGUGGUAGCAUACUUCAACACUGAUGUUGGUGUCUCGGGAUCUCAACUUGGCCUAGCUGCCUCUCCAAUGUUGAACGAACUACUACUUGAAAGUGCUAAACUCGUGGAUUAUCCAAUGCUUCCUAACACGACUCUUUAUGAACACUUGAUCAACACAACCAAUGCCGAAAUCGAGGUUCUUGGGUCGGGUUCUGACUUCACGGUGUUUUUGGAACAUCUUGGCAUCCCAAGUCUUGAUAUUGGUUUUGAUUCGGGAAAGAACGAUGCCGUAUAUCAUUAUCACUCGAACUACGAUUCAUACCAUUGGAUGCAUACUUUUGUUGAUCCGAAUUUUGAACUACACAGAGCUCUGGCGGCGUAUUUGGGCCAUCUCGUUCUUGGUAUGAGUGAGAAUGAGGUGAUCAGAUUCAACGUGUUGGAGUACGCUCGUGCGAUUGCCAGUUACUACGAGUCCACAAUCAAGGACGUUCCAUUGGAAUGGACUAACAAGAAUUCUGAGUAUAAGCGUGGUCAUCACACUCACAGACUCCAUAAACUCAUUGGAAUUAUGUCUGGUCACAUACAUGCAAUGGUUGGACUGAGUGAAGGCUACCAAUACCAUCUUGCUGAGCUCAGAGAACAGUACCAAACUUCUACGGCAUUUCAGAAGUUCAAGCUAUUGAUCAAGAUAAAAUUGGCCAAUGAGAAUUUGAAGCAUUUGGAAAAACAGUUCCUUGGUCCUGGUCUUAAAGACAGGCCAUGGUUCAGACAUGUUGUUUUUGCGAGUGGUCGUUAUGAUGGCUAUUCGGGCCAGAACCUUCCUGGACUGCGUGAGUCCCUUGAAGAUGAUGACAUUGUGAGAUUCUUGGGAGAACUUGAGAUUUUGAACCAUUCAAUUGUGAAGUUCAAUAAGCUGUUGAAGCUGAGGUGA